AUAAAACUAACACCAUUGUGGUGUGCACCAUAUUUUCAUUGAAUUCCAAGGUGAAGUUUUCUCACAAAAAGUUAUAUCAAAUCAAAUAAAUUGCUGUAGAAUUUUGUGGAGUGCAGGCGGUGUCGGAUCGUGCAGAAGAUAUUUACGGAGGUCAGGGUGUUGGAGUGUGGGCAGGCUUAGCGAUGGGCAGGUCCAGGCGCGCUCAACGAUGAAAAACAACGGGGAUAUAUACCAACGGCCACGGUAGAGGCAGACAUAGCGGAAUCACCAAGCACUUGUAAACAUUAGCGUUGCAUUUGAAUUCCUGCAGAUAGUGUUACUUGGGUUUUAAUUCCUACGACAGAGGGUGUGACGCGCACCCACAAAGGACAAGGCGCGGAAAAUGCACUGAGCUCUCCCCACCCCACGUCCUGUGACACCCCUUUGUAAGCAGUAGAAGAUGAGCACCACGCCCACCCCUAAGGGCACGCCUGUGCAGCAGAGCUCCAGUGAUGGGGUCCCUAGUGAUGGGGUCCUUGAGGCUCUUGUGUCUCCACAGCACUCUACACCUGGCUCCUCUGGGCCCCAACACAAGAAACGCGUCUCCAGCCUCCUGCAGAGCCCGUCGUUCCGUGAGGAGCUGGAUGUUCUGAUCCAGGAACAGAUGAAGAAGGGAGGCAGCAGCUCCAACCUCUGGGCUCUGAGGCAGCUAGCUGAUUACAUGGCCUCUCAUGGCUCACCUGCCGCCCUGUCCGCCUCCCCCUCCAGUACAGGCAUGAUGAUGGUGACGCCCAUCAACGACCUGCAUGGCUUGGAGCCCAGCGGCAUGGUGAAGGGAGAGAGGCUGAUGCGUUGUAAACUGGCCAGUGUCCACCGCCUUCUGGACCUUUACGGCUGGGCCCAGCUCAGCCACACCUGCCUCACCCUGCGUGUCAGUAAGGAACAGGAGCACUUCCUGGUUCUGCCCAAUGGCCUGGCCUAUGGUGAGGUCACUGCCUCUAGCCUGGCGAAGGUGAAUAUCCUUGGGGAGGUGGUGGAGAGGGGCAGCACCACCCUGGGGGUAGACCUGGAUUCCUUCAGCCUCCACUCAGCCAUCUAUUCUACCCGGCCAGACGUACGCUGUCUGGUGCACCUCCACACCCCUGCCACUGCCGCCGUGUCCGCCAUGAAGUGUGGCCUGCUGCCACUGUCCCACGAGGCUCUGCUGGUGGGUGAGGUGGCGUCCUAUGACUACAAUGGGCUGAUGGAGAACGAGGAGGACCGGGUGGAGCUUCAGAAGAGUCUCGGGCCCACCUGCAAGGUGCUGUUGCUUCGAAACCAUGGCAUCGUGGCCCUGGGGGAGUCAGUGGAGGAGGCUUUCUACACCAUCUACCACAUACAGGCUGCCUGUCAGAUCCAGGUGUCAGCAUUGUGCAGUGCUGGAGGAGAGCAGAACCUGAUCAUGCUGGACCGCUCCACCCACAAACCCAACGCUGCAGGCACCGUGGGCUGGGCCGGAUCCACCUUCGGCCCCCUGACCAAGAGUCGACUCGGGGAGCACGAGUUUGAGGCUCUCAUGAGGACUCUGGAUAACCUGGGUUACCGUACUGGCUACGCCUACCGCUUUCCCGUGCUGCUGGAGCGCUCUCGGACACGGAGGGAGGUGGAGGUCCCUGCCACAGUCCACUCCUUCCAGUUUGAGGAGGAGGGAGUGCACCCGUUACCCCGCCAGCACCCCUACGCCCAGCGGCAGCAACUGGAGAAGACCCGCUGGCUCAACACCCCCAACUCCUACCUGAGGGUGAACCAAGACCAAGCCAGCCCCGGACACCAGCGCACCACAUGGCUGAAGACAGAGGAGAUGCAACAAGGAGCCAUCAAGAUUGAGAACUCAAAUCAGUUUGUUCCUCUUUUUACCAACCCUCAAGAGGUGCUGGAAACACGAAAUAAGAUCCGGCAGCAGAACCGUCAGGACAUGAAGACAGCAGGACCCCAGUCCCAAGUACUAGCCGGUGUCAUAACGGACGGUAGUCCACUGUCUCCAGACCCGGCAGAACUUGCGACACUUGAGGCAGAGACCCCCAACCCGUUUAACCAGCUGACAGACAAGGAGCUGGAGGAGUACCGCAAGGAGGUGCAGAGGAAAGCAGGAGGUCAAACGGAUGGGGAGGAGGUGGAGAACGAGAAGGAGUCUCUCCCAGCUACCCCCCCCACCAACAACCCUACCCCCUGCAAUCCCCCACCCUCAGAUGAGACAAAGAAAGACUCCACAGCAGUGCAGAACGGGAAAGGAGAGGAGGAGAAGCAGACCACGGAGGAGCUGGAGAAAGGGAUGAAGGCUUUGUCUACCAAUGACACUUCUACACCCCCCUCCACCACCCCUGCUGCCCCACCCGCUAAACCGCCCAGCAACACCCCUGAGGGAUCCCCCUCCAAGUCCCCCUCGAAGAAGAAAAAGAAGUUCAAGGCCCCCUCGUUCCUAAAGAAAAGCAAGAAGAAAGAGCAGAAAGAGAAAGCUGAAACUUGAGGGGACAUGUAAAAUGAUUCUGACACGCACCCUCCACUUCUAGCCAUAUACACGGAGGCAAACACACUAACACGCACUCAAGUCUCCUGUAUGUAUAGCUCAGUCACUCAUCACGUCUAGAAGUAAUUCUAAUUAUUUGGGGGGAGGCAAUAUUGUUUCUGUACAACUCUCAAAUGAUCUUGAAACAAUCCACAAUCAUUCUAAAUGAAAUAGAAUCAACAACACCACCUGAAUUAUGCACUCCCUAUUUAUUAUAAGAAGUAACACACUUGACACGUGUGUAUAUAAACCAAUGUUGCAUUGAAGUAUCCUCAUAGGCACCCCUUGGCCUGGUCAUGUUUAUUCGUUUUUAAUAGUCAGACGAAGGUGACAGGUAUGUACAUACGAGCACAGGUGCAGUACAUGUAGAAUUAUGCAGGUAUAAUAACGUGCUCUUUUUUUUUUUUUGCAGAAGUCUUGUUCCAAUUAAACUAACUAUUCAAGUCAUAGACAGCAGGGACGAAUAAGAAAAUAAAUGCACAAAAAAAAAGAAAGUGCCCAACAUUAAGCUGACAGCUAUAAAUGCCACUAAUACCAAGCAAGGAUAUGAUCUAAGCAUUGUGGAAGAAACGUGUUGCUUGAUGUUGCAAACUGAUGCCAAACUAAAAGGUACUAAACAUUCCACUCUUCCCCAAAUUUUUCUUUGAAAUAUGUGUACAAAAUACCUCUACAGCUGUAAUUAUUUUUAUGAUCAGUAGCUGUUAUCAAAAUGCUGAUGUGUGAUAUUAGUUGUUUUUUAAUGUAUUAUUUCGUAUUAGAAUGUAAAGUGAAAAGUUGCAAGGUUAAAAUGUACCAGUCAUUAAAGAUCAAAGUUGAUUUCAA